AUGGUCAGGAGAGCAGCAUAUGGACAGCGACCAUGAGAGGGCAAGCUCUGGCGAGGUCACUGAAAGGCUCAAAUGGCAGCCUGAGAGCUCCUGUCAAGUCGUCGGUGGCCGGAAAAUCCAGCAAGAGACAGCACACUUUCGACUGUCACUCAUGUUUUUGGAGCGCAUGUGGAUGGACAACAUCUGGAAUGUCAACCAGGGCGUAUAGUACAAAAUAUGAUGGUGAUGCUCUUCUCGCAUCCGUCUCGGCUUUCACGCCGAGCCCCGAUCCGUCUUCUUCACCUUCCACAGCCUCUUCAUCCUCCACGUCCAAAGGUAAAGGUAACCCGCCGGAAAUCAAAGAGUUGUCCCGACCGCUGGGAUCCCUCGAAAGGCCAGUAGCGAGUUCGAAGACGUAUCAAAAGGUAGAUAACAGUAUGGAUAGAAAGAAAGAACAGAGGGCGUAUCUGCUCGGAGAAGUGAGCAAGGGAUACUUUCACGACUUUAAUCGCGCCUCGAAAGCGAAUAGUGCAAAGGGCUGGAUGGCGCCGAAAGUACUGAUACGAGAGGAUAGCGCUCUCUACCUACCAAAUAUAGCUGGACACAAUAUUCUCGGCCAAUCGAUCAACACGACUGAACUAUGUGAGGGCAAGGUCACGCUCGUUGCUUUUGUCAGUACAAAGGUCGCUGAGGAGCAAGUGAAACGAUUUGUGGAACCUGUAUUACAGGACCAAACGGGGAAAAAGGGAUUCAACUAUGUCGAGAUCAAUCAUCAAGAGAAUCAACUCAAAGGCAUACUUGUCGGCUUGUUCUCUUCGACUCUGAAAAGCCAAGUUCCAGAAGACAGAUGGUCAUCGUAUAUGCUAUCAAGGGGCGAGUGGAGUCCGCUGGAUAUCAGUAUGCCCCUGGGGUACAGUAACAAGAUUGUUGGCUAUGUCUACCUUGUCGACCCAAAUUGCAAGAUUCGUUGGGCAGCUUGCAGUGCCGCUACGCCAGAAGAGAUCCAUUCUCUGAGGACAGCCACGGAAGUCUUGAUGAAGCGAGUAGGGGAGGGCAAGAGCAGACGAUGAUCUCGACGCGCACUUGCAUGUAUCUUCAUGGCGGGUCUUAAUCAAAACGGGCUAGACAGGCGGAUGCGGGACCAGAUGAUCGCCGCCACCGUCCGAAUUUCUAAAACCUGAACAUGGGAUUUUUGCUAUCCCU